GGGAAGGGCAUGUGCAUGUGUUUUGCUGGUGUUCAUUUGGUAUGUUAUUCAAAAUGCAAAUGUUUUAACAUCCUCAAGGAGUUCAUAACUUCUUCACACUCUUACCACUGUAAAAGACUACUUAGCUGUUCUGUUAAUCAUUUGGAGAACUAUCGUUCUAUUGUUGAAUCAAGUAGCUUACAGAACCGGUUCAAGAAUUGGCAACAUUUAAGAAAGGGAAAACUCACUGCAAGCACUUUCAGCCAGGCUAUUGGUUUUUGGCCCCAUCGAAGGGUUCAGCUUUGGAAAGAGAAGAUUGGUCAUAUUGAACCAUUCUAUGGGAACUUUGCCACCUGCUGGAGCAACAUCAAGGAGGAAGAAGCUCUUGAGAGUUAUAAGCUUAUCACUAGAAAUUAUGACGUAUCCAUGGUUAGUUUUCAGGUUCGCCAAAGCACUAAUCCAGAAGAAGAUGACUGGCUUGCAGCUUCCCCUGAUGGAGUAAUUAAUGGAUAUGGCAAUGGUUUGCCUUCCUCGGGGGUUUUGGAAAUAAAGUGCCCAUACUUCGGUGGUGAUAUGUCUGUAGCGCGGCCUUUUAAUAGAAUACCCCUUUAUUACAUCCCUCAAGCACAAGGUUUAAUGGAGAUUCUGAAUCUAGAUUGGAUGCACCUAUAUAUCUGGACUACCAAAGGGAGUAGCCUUUUUAUUGUGUAUCGAGAUAAAAAGUAUUGGGAAGACAUGGAAAUAGUACUCUCUGACUUUUGGUGGAAUUACGUUCAACCUGCUAAAAAAUUGCACGAUCUUUCAAACAUUACAAAUCCCUUGGAGGAACUAAAACCACUAGGACUAUUUCCAGGACACAGACACAAUUCGUGUGGCAAACUUGUCCGUGAAAGCAGCCGUAUUGCCCUUAAUGACUCUAAAUUGCUCCUACUUGAGAUUGAUGGUAAAGUGCAAAUAUGUGAUGCUCCCUUUUGAUUAGUGAAGUCCUUUGAACUGGAUUAUUUGAUUCAGCAAGUUGAUGGAAGACUUUUGGUCUUCUACAUAUUUGCUGACGAUCAAGGGUGACUCUCUUAAACUCAAAGAGAUAAUCUUCGGUUCUAGUUAUGUUUUUAUGAACUAGACUGGCUUCUUUUGGAUAAUCAAGGGAAACACUGAAAUUGUCUGGCUUCAUAAGAGCCAUAUUCUUCUCCUUAAAUAUUUGGGUUUCUGGUAAGAUAGAGAUAACCAUCUUUUGUCACAUAUUAAUGGCAGAAGGAGCUAAUUCCUUAUUACAACACCAAUAGUACUCUCUGACUUUUGGUGGAAUUACGUUCAACCUGUUAAAAAAUUGUACGAUCUUUCAAACAUCAGAAAUCCCUUGGAGGAACUAAAACCACUAGGACUAUUUCCAGGACACAGACACAAUUCAUGUGGCAAACUUGUCCGUGAAAGCAGCUGUAUUGCCCUUAAUGACUCUAAAUUGCUCCUACUUGAGAUUGAUGGUAAAGUGCAAAUAUGUGAUGCUCCUUUUUGAUUAAUGAAGUCCUUUGAACUGGAUUAUUUGAUUCAGCAAGUUGAUGGAAGACUUUUGGUCUUCUACAUAUUUGCUGACGAUCAAGGCUGACUCUCUUAAACUCAAAGAGAUAACUUCGGUUCUAGUUAUGUUUUUAUUAACUAGACUGGCUUCUUUUGGAUGAUCAAGGGCAACGCUGAAAUUGUCUGGCUUCAUAAGAGCCAUAUUCUUCUCCUUAAAUAUUUGGGUUUCUGGUAAGAUAGAGAUAACCCAUCUUUUGUCACAUAUUAAUGGCAGAAGGAGCUAAUUCCUUAUUACAACACCAAUACUUGAGAAAUUCUGGAUUGUAUCAUAUGUAAAAAUGAAGUGUGUGGGCACCAUAUUUAUAGAAGAAUCUUGCUACAAAAUACAAAUAGUCGAGACUUGCUUAUAUUCUGAGGGUUCAAACAGAAAUCAAUGCUGAAACUAAUCCGCUUCAGCUCUACAAAUCACACUGCCUAUUAAGGCAUCACAUAAUUCAAUAUGCAGCGCUGAUACAAUUAAACAUGUCUUUUAAAAACAAAAUUGGUUCUGUAUAUAGAAAUAUUCGACGCUGAUGUAUGCUUUGUAUACCAUAUAUAUGUUGUGAAUAUUAAUUAAGCAUUCAAAAUCAUGUGCAUGAAUUUUGCGUAUGCUUGCUUCAACUUUUGCAGUAUUGUUAUUUUCAAAUUGCCGAUGAAAUGAUCUAUGAAUGGUUUCAUUGAUUUAUUUUUAGCUAAUUCUCAUUUAUUGCUAGUAGAGGGUUGUUUUUGCACCUUCAAACCAACAUUGGUCUGUGCUAUGGCAUAUCCUUGUUAUUUUUGUAGGAAUGUAAGAAAAGUACAAUUAAGGAACAACACUGGCAUGUACAAAUUUAUCAGACAAGUACAAGUCCCCUCACAUCAAGCAAAGCUAGUGGUCUCGGAUCUUUGUUCCAGGUCAGUCCUGUCUGCUGUGUCCACACCAAUAAAAGGAGAAAGAGAAACAAAGGCUGGAGGGUUUGAGAUGGGAUUAUGGUGAAUUACUGUGUGGCAAUAUAGGGCAGGGACCGGGGUGGUGGUGGUCGGGUGGCAUCUAUCAAUUUAUUCUUUAUCAGUGUGUAAGCUUACACUCUUCCCUUUUCAGUGACCACUCGUAUCACCCAUACCUGGUUUUGUUGUCUUCUUCAACUGUUGGCAGAUCAAAAAACAUGUGCACUGUUACUGCCUCCAACUUUUAUUCGAUUAUUUCCCUGGACUACAACCAUAUUUUCCAUAGCGGGCAUAGCGGGCUACACGCCACACUAUUGUCACUCACUCCUCGAGCCAUUGCUACCGGCCCUCCAUUGAUGUCGAAAGUUACUUCGUCUCCAUCCCAAUAAGUAAGUGCUGCAAUUGUUUUAUUCAAUGAUUUCCCAUCACAAUUCCUACUGGUGUACAUUUUCCUGCUAGAUGAAUAGAUGAUAGCUUUUAAAUGUUUUUUAUUGUUUUUAUUAUAACACCGGUGAGUUUUUGGUUGAUUUCCUAUGGUCAAUUAUAACUUGUAGACUAUAUCUUUGCCUUUUCUAUUCUAGUUAUCAGAGAUAUAUGUUGCAUUUAUUCUUUUUCUUGGAUGUGAACUCUGCACACCUUUUACUCAUAAUUUUCACUUUAUGACCAACAUUAUGGUUCACAACUUCACUAGAUUUUUGAAGCAUUUAUCAAGAUUCAAGAGGAAUUUUAUGAUGCCCUGUUAUGUUCUGCACAAUUUUAUUUGUGCACCUCCUCGAACCAAAAUUAUUUUUACGAUGCCCACAUAUGGAUAAUGGAUUGGGUGUUGUGUCUUGUUUCUAGUUUUUGUCUUUCACUUGUUGCUUAUAAGAAUAUCUAAUCUAAAUGCAACUCCGACAAACUAAAUUUAUAUGGAAACACGGUUUAUUCAUGAAUGUAAAGUCCCAUUAUGCUUCUACGUUACCAACUUCCUCUGUGGAUAACCCAACUAUUGCCCAUUCUGGUUCGGUUCCUGGUCACAUAUCCUUCCAUCACAAUUCUGGUCAUACCCAGUGUUGCUCCCAAAUCGGUACAAGCACCCUAUUAAAUUGGUUUGGGUGUUUUAACCUUUACCCACCUGGUUAAGAAACCACCCCUAAUUUGGAUAGAUCGCAUAUAUCUUCUCCCCAAACAUAGGCCUCGAACCCGUACGGUUCUUGGGAUAUGGGUGGUUUGUUUUAUUCCUAUGGAUCGCAAGCCCUAGGAUAGGAGUGGACUCGGGCCGAGCCAAUUGGCUCAGCCCGGUGAACCGGUUGGUGUCCGAUUUGGGCCACCCGGCCCGGUGAGGUAGGCGGUUCGGGCCCGAGCCCGGGCCUGUUAAAUAGUAAACCGGCCCGGCCGGUUCGGGCCUGGUCCGAGCCAAUUUUUUCUUUCUUUUUUUUUUGAUUUUUUUUAAGUUUUUGGGUUGGGCUGGGUAUGAUGGGCCAUUUGAGGUGGUUUGGGGCCUUGGGGGUGAGGGGGGAGGGUUGAGGGUUAAUUAGGAAAAGCCAAAAAAAAAAUUACAUGAACCGAAGCCCGGCCCGGACCGGACCCGGGGGUUACCCGGGCCGGUUCCGGGCCUCCCCUUUCAUGAUCCGAGGCCCGGCCGGGCCCGAACCAGAACCGGUCCACCCCUACCCUAGGAAUAGAAUAAGCCACUCAUUCGAUCCCAAAUAGUAUUCUGUUGCUAAGAGUAAGCAUUAUAGUAAUUAAUUAAAACAUGGAUUAAUAUUUAUCUUCACCCUCCCUAUAUUCUUUAUUUUACAAGAAUAUAAGAAUAGUAAAUAGCACUAAACAUAAUAGAGGUUCUCUCUCUAGGAUGGAAUUCUGUUGCUAGGGUUUGUUUCUCCGCAUUCAUCUCUGAUGAAGUGCGGUCAUCAUUAAGGCGGAGUUCCGAUUUCGUUUCUAAUUUAGAACAGGCGGUGGUUGGAUAGAGGAACGGGUAUAGUUUGAGGCAGGUUUCGAAGCUUUCCGGAUUGAAGCUUCGGUCGUUUUCUAUUGAAGACGGAACACAUGGCAGUUACAAAGGCAACUUGAUAGAGAUUUCGUUUGUACCUCGGACAUGGAUUCAUGGAAAACCUGAAGAAGCAAAUUGGCGAGAGCAGAGCGCAAGUAGGAUAAGGUUUCAGUCUAUUAGAUGAAUUUUUCAGGUCGAAAUUCUUUUCUCCCAUACUACAACAGCUCGUCUGCCUCCGGAGCCACCUCCGGGCGAAGAAGCAAUUUGGGAAAAGUUUCUAUUUUCGUAUUAUUUUUCCCUUAGCAGUACUUUUUUAUUUCAAUUUGAGUAGGUAUGGUUGAGUAUUUUGAUUUUUGAUGAACUUUUGAUAGACAAUGCUUCAUUUUCGAUCAUUUUAGGCUUAAUCUUGCCCGUUUUAUGUUUAGAGAGUCAAGUUGCGUUGUAUGGGUGCCCGUUUUGUGUCUGACUGGCUAGAUAAGGUUGCUUUGUAUGAGUGACUUAUUUUAUUCCUAGGGCUUGCGAUCGGAUCUGUAAUAACUGUCUGGAUUUUGUCUUGGAUGUUUGCUCUAUUAUAAUGAAA